AUCCUAGACAAACUGUCUGAAAGCGAUCCAGAACUUACGUUUCAUCCAAUUGCCUCUCCAGUUCUUUCUCCAUGAUGUUACAACUGGUAAACCACGUGAUUCGUGCAGACGGUCUGCAUGUGACUGCGCAUGCGUUUACGACCAGCUAUGGAUGAGAGAUAUGGAUUAUUUGCUCUGGAUUUAUUCCCUUCCGUGUACACAGGAAUGGCUCUUUUUACUCAAGUAACCAACGCAUCUGAGUUGAGAUCUCUAAUCAUGGAAGGUGCUCUAUCAGCGGCUCUACUGCGACCACAACUUGUUCUUGAUCCGUUCCAACUACUGGCGUCAGCUAACAAGGCCGUUCAUGGCCUGAUGAACGAAUCAAUGAAAACAAAAACUGUUCAUACAGAAAUAAUCUUCAAUUUGUCUCCUUCUAACAACAUAUCAGAAUCAUUCAAGAAAUUCGGAAUAUCAGAUGAUAGCCAAGAGGUGCUUCUUGCCGUCAUAGACGACAGAAACGCCACGUCUCUCAGAGCAGCCUGUGACCAGGUGAAAGGCAAACUGGUCCAUUUGGACAGUUUGACAGACCUAGCUGAUGUGCCGCUUGUAAAGAAUUUAUACAAAGUACCACAAGAUGAACUUGCAAUUUCCUCGUUACUAUACGCUGUGGUAUCGCGAAUGGCUACCAAAGAGGCUAUGAAAUAAGUGCAUGUUUGUAGUUUGGUCACAUAAUUAUAUUUCAAAGGUUUCAGUUGGUUUCAUGUUGUUUGGUCUAGUAUCAUACGCACGCAUGAACCUAACAAAUU